ACAGAGGAGGAAGGGAAGGCAGAGAGACCAAGGGAGGUCUGACGACACCAUCCCAGCUUACCCAGCACCUAUUUUAAAUGCACAGACUGAUAAAUGCAAGCCCACAACCUGGUCACAUCUGGCUUUGAUUUACUGGAGAAACAUCAAGAUUUAUAACCAAGCUGUCACUCUGCAAGAGAUGAGUACAACCUUUCCUGCCAGGACAGAAACGUAAAGGAGCUUUGGAAACAUAGCAUGUGUAAGUGUCCAUGGUAAGAGUCUACAGUGGCUUUCAUUGCUGGAGGUCCAAUGUAAGGAUGGAUGACACAUGUUCCAGGCCAACGGUGUUCUUCACCGUUUUCUGAUCGAGCUCCAAAGGGAACAUCCAGCCAGACCGAGAAGGAGCAGCUAAAGAUAUAAGAACUUAAUUCACCUGCAACCUUUCUCCUGGGGUGAAAGUGAAAUGAUGCUGUGGUACAACUUUGGCCACCACUUGCUCUCGCUGGCGGCACUCCUGGUGAUUGCGAGCUGCGGAGGAGGGGAACAACGGAGAGGGACAGAUAGCAGCACCAGCAGCACAGGUGGCAGCAGCAGCAGCAGUAGCAGCAACAGUGGAGGAAGUAGUAGUAGUAGUAGUAAUUACAGCAACAGACGUUUUCAUAAGAUCCAGCACGGCCAGUGCACCUACACGUUCAUCCUACCUGAAGGAGAUGGAGCCGGAGGAGGCUCUUGCAAGGAGGCGAAAGCCGGUAGCCCGCAGUACAACGCCAACUCUCUCCAGAGGGACUCUCCACCACCUGAGCCAGACUUUCCCAACCAGAAGAUCCAGCAGCUCGAGCACAUUAUGGAGAAUUAUACCCAGUGGCUACAGAAGAUUGAAAACUACAUUAAAGAGAGCAUGAAGACAGAGAUGGCUCAACUGCAGCAGAGUGCCGUGCACAACCACACGGCAGCCAUGUUGGAAAUGGGCACCAACCUCCUCUCUCAGACAGCUGAACAGACACGCAAGCUGACGGAUGUUGAGACACAGGUCCUAAAUCAGACGUCCAGGCUUGAGAUCCAGCUGCUGGAAAAUUCUCUUUCCACUAACAAGUUGGAGAAACAGUUAAUGGUCCAGACCAAUGAGAUCAGCAAACUGCAUGACAAGAACAGCCUCCUGGAAGAGAAGAUGUUAGAGAUGGAGAUGCGACACCGUGAAGAGCUGGAGACGCUGAAGCAGGAGAAGGGAAGUCUCCAGACCCUGGUGGGGAGGCAGAGCGGGGUUAUCAGGGAGUUAGAAGCCCAGCUGAGCCGAACCACGGGAAACAGCACGGCCCUGCAGAGACAGCAGCAGGAGAUGAUGGAUACCGUCCACAACCUGCUCAACCUCUGCUCUAAAGAUGGAGUUGUUCCUAACAGUACAAAGGUUGAGGAUGAAGAGAAGAGGUUCCGCGACUGUGCCGACCUCUACCAGGCUGGGUUCCACAAGAACGCCGUCUACACCAUCCAGAUCAGUUCGCAGGAGACCAAAAAGGUUUAUUGUAACAUGGAAACAGCCGGUGGUGGAUGGACGGUCAUCCAGCGUAGAGAAGAUGGCAGUGUGGACUUCCAGAGAACAUGGAAGGAGUACAAGAUGGGCUUUGGGAGCGUGUCUGCAGAGCACUGGCUGGGCAACGAGUAUGUUUACCAGUUAACUAGCCAGAGGCAGUAUGCUCUUCGUGUAGAGUUGACAGAUUGGGACGGACGCCAGGCCUUCUCAUUAUAUGACCGCUUCCAAAUCGGCAGUGAGAAACAAAACUACAGGCUGUUCCUGAAAAGCCACAGUGGGACUGCAGGCAGACAGAGCAGUCUAGUAAUCCAUGGAGCAGACUUCAGCACCAAGGACAUGGACAAUGACAACUGCAUGUGCAAGUGCGCCCUCAUGCUCACUGGAGGUUGGUGGUUUGAUGCCUGUGGCCCGUCCAAUCUCAAUGGCAUGUACUUCACCCAAGGACAGCACAUAGGGAAGUUGAACGGUAUCAAGUGGCACUACUUCAAGGGUCCCAGCUACUCGCUCCGAGCCACAGCCAUGAUGAUCCGCCCACUGGACUUCUCAUAGUCUUCUGAACUUGUGAACUUUUACCUUCCAAAUGGCUAUGUAGCACAUUAGAGGGACGCUUCCUAUUUUAUCCUCUUGUCUCAUCUCAUUUCGCUGGCCAUGGGAGUCAUACAGUAAAUCUUUUAUUCAACCUGGUUCUUCCCCAGAGCAGCUGAAAAUGCCAUUCUAUCGUUGCAUCAUGACCUUUCCCCUCAUUGAACUGAAAAUCAGCCACAGGGAGGAAAACAAAGCAUGAUACAAUUCACCUGAACUGUUUUCUGUUACAAGCUAGAUUCACACACUUGAUGUGUGAGCAUUUUGAGCACAGUGUAAGGACAGCGUGAGGCAUGGUGUUCAAUUCUUCCACUUUCCUGGGGACCUGUGUUGUAAUAAUACGGAGGACUUGAACUCUCCUGACUGGAAAGCAGCUCUCACAGAGCAGCAGUGACUCUUAAACUGCAGGACAGAACAUACCUGGAGCGCUUUCAGGAGACAAAUGAGAGACAUGGCUUUUUUUAUUAAGAUAUUGCUCACAGAAUGCAGCCCAUAAAUAUUACGACUGUGUUGUAUUUUGUGUUUUUAGUACUAUUUUUGUUAUUCCACCUGUAUACAAUAUCAAAAGUGAGAUAAAAUUGUCUUUUGUACUGUACAGUGUGUACUGUAUCUCUGUCUGCAUCAUGUAUAAAACACACUUUCAGUUUUAAGGUGACCUUGAAAUUCAAGCGAUGACAUGGUAAAAGUUAUGAGGAUCACUUUUUUUGUUUGCUGGCAAAUACGCACUUGCUGUCUUGACAGAGUGUGAUUAUUUUUAGAGUUCAAGAUGUGAGGUUAUUAUUGGAAUAGAUCUGGACUCAGAUCUGUUUGCUGUUGGCUGAGAAACAUCUAAUACUUGCCAAGGUUCAGAUUGUGAGUGAUCAUCUUACUUCUGCAGAAUAGGAAAAACAAGGACAUUAAUUCAGAUGCAUUUAAUUAGUGAGGCGUUAUAAUUACAGCCGUGCGCAUAUGGGAGAAGAAAGUGCACGUUUGCAUAUACAAGUAAUGCGCAUUUUCAGAAAUAUGCAGUAUAUUCCUGAGUACAAUGAUGAUGUACCACAUCAUGGUCCUUUUAUAAUCACAAAGAUGUACACGCUUAUAUUAAGCUGGUGUUCCACUCACAAAAACUUUUUUAUUUGCGGCUUUUUUGCGGUUUCUUCAUAUUCUAACCUCUGACCUUAAGACAAACAGCAGAUCAUUAAGACAAGUUACAUCCAAAAUAUUUUUCACAGACAUCAUUAUUACAUUACACAGUAUCAUAGUCCAGCCAGUUUCUGUUUCUCAUCAAUACAGCUUAGGAAAAAAAAGGAGCUGGAGUUGGAUAUGAAGCAUGAAAUUAAUGAUUCCACCAAGUGAUCCGUGUGAACACACAUUUCAUAACUUCCAGCUUAUAACAACAGAAUCUACAGUGGGGUAUUUACUAAAGGUACACAUGGUGAGAAGAUAAAGUAUAUCUGGAACUUGUAUAACUACAAUUGACGUGUUUAUUAGUAUACUAAAAUUGUAUAAUUUAUCGUGUGUGCAUAAAGCAGCUUUCCUGAGGAAAGCUAUUUCAUUCUUUUCUGUUUAUUCUCUGCCAGAAAUACAAUGGUGUUUUGAAGUUGAGCAUAAAACAUAGGAGUUAAGAUAAUAACCCUGGAGAAAUGUGCCUUUGAUAAUUCUGCUUUUACCUCAUUAAGUUCUAGAUUUGCAGAUUUAUUUAAACAUCUUUUGUAACAUGUGGUCAGUGUUGUGUUGCUAGAUUAAA